AUUUCUCCUUGCUUCGGCGGCGGCAGGCGAGGAAGGGCGGCGCAGAAUGAUGCGGCUGCGGAGUUCCGCGCUGUUGAGGGACCUGCUGCGGCUCAGCCACACUGGCGGGAUAAGCGGCGGCGGCGGCGGCUUCGGCUGCUGCCGUCGCCUGGCGCUGAGGUGGCUCCAUCCCGCUUUGCCCACGGUUGCCGGCGGCCGCCCGCCUAUCCGGCUGCCGCCGUGCGGCGGCCGCUCCUUAUGCACCCGCUCGGAGGGGAUCCUGGAGGAGCCGGGCAAGGGGCCCCCGCAGCAGAAGCAGGCGGCGCCGUCCGCGGAAGCGCCGUCCUCGGCCGCCGGCGACGAUGGCCCCGGCGCAGGCCCGGGCAAAGAGGCGGGCGGCUCGGGGGAGAAUAAGACAAAACAAGGUCUCUUGCCUAGUUUGGAGGACUUGCUAUUCUAUACUAUUGCAGAAGGUCAAGAGAAAAUACCAGUUCAUAAGUUCAUCACGGCUCUAAAAUCUACAGGCUUACGUACAUCUGACCCAAGACUGAAAGAAUGCAUGGAUAUGCUAAGACUGACUCUUCAGACAACAUCAGAUGGUGUAAUGUUAGAUAAAGAUCUUUUUAAAAAAUGUGUUCAGAGCAACAUUGUCUUACUUACACAGGCUUUCAGGAGAAAGUUUGUCAUUCCAGAUUUUAUGUCAUUUGCCUCUCACAUUGAUGAGUUGUAUGAAAAUGCUAAAAAACAAUCUGGAGGAAAGGUUGCUGACUAUAUUCCACAACUGGCUAAAUUCAGUCCUGACUUAUGGGCGGUGUCUGUUUGCACAGUCGAUGGACAGAGGCAUUCUGUUGGAGAUACCAAAGUCCCUUUUUGUCUUCAGUCUUGUGUAAAGCCUUUGAAGUAUGCUAUUGCAGUUAAUGACCUUGGCACUGAAUAUGUACACAGAUAUGUUGGAAAAGAACCUAGUGGACUAAGAUUCAACAAAUUAUUCCUCAAUGAAGAUGACAAGCCUCACAACCCUAUGGUAAAUGCUGGAGCAAUUGUGGUUACCUCCUUAAUCAAGCAAGGAGCAAAUAAUGCUGAGAAAUUUGACUAUGUGAUGCAGUUCAUGAAUAAGAUGGCUGGAAAUGAGUAUGUUGGGUUCAGUAAUGCCACGUUCCAGUCUGAAAGAGAGAGUGGUGAUCGAAACUUUGCAAUAGGGUACUACCUGAAAGAGAAGAAGUGUUUUCCAGAAGGAACAGACAUGGUUGGAAUAUUGGAUUUCUACUUCCAGUUAUGCUCCAUCGAAGUAACUUGUGAAUCAGCUAGCGUGAUGGCAGCAACAUUAGCUAAUGGCGGGUUUUGCCCAAUCACUGGUGAGAGAGUCCUGAGUCCUGAAGCUGUUCGGAACACUCUAAGUUUGAUGCAUUCCUGUGGCAUGUAUGACUUCUCAGGACAGUUUGCCUUUCAUGUUGGUCUUCCUGCAAAAUCUGGAGUUGCUGGUGGUAUCCUCCUGGUUGUUCCUAAUGUUAUGGGCAUGAUGUGCUGGUCACCACCUCUGGACAAGAUGGGAAAUAGUGUUAAAGGGAUACAUUUCUGUCAUGAACUGGUUUCUUUGUGCAAUUUCCAUAACUAUGAUAAUUUGAGGCACUUUGCAAAGAAGCUUGAUCCUCGCAGGGAAGGUGGUGAUCAGCGGCACUCCUUUGGACCAUUGGACUAUGAGAGUCUUCAGCACGAACUUGCAUUAAAAGAGACUGUGUGGAAAAAAGUGUCACCCGAGUCAAAUGAGGACAUCUCCACUACUGUAGUGUAUAGAAUGGAAGGUCGGGGAGAGCAAAACUAAAGGAGUGGGCUCUAGUUUCAGAGGGUUUGUUUUCACCUUUAUAAGCACAUUCCAGUUGCUCUAGAUUGCACAGUUCCCGAUAUUUUAGUUUUGUUCUUUUGUUUUCCAUGUUUUGUAAAUAUUGCUGAUGAUACCAAAUUAGUAUCCAAUUUUUAUACAAAUUGCUUUAAUUGCUUUUUCAGAAAGCAAAUUGAAACAAAACCUGAAAAUGUGUGUUGUCUGAACUUGCUGUUGUACUGUGCUUAAGAAAUAAAGUCAAAAGGGAAUUUAUAGGGGUUGUGACAAUGUUAUAGAUAUGUUGCAAUGCAACAAAAUAGAAACAGCAUAACUGUUAAUAAAGAAAAAUGGGAGCAAUAGAUGUAGGAAAAAUUUAAUUCUCAAAUCAUACAUUUUUAUAAGUGGGUAUUUCUUACUGGUGUCAGGAUCUUCUGGUGUUUUGGGGAAAAUUACAAUUUUUAAUUUUUUUUCCCCAUGAUCAUUUUAGUAUCUUGAUCCCAAGCACUUGAAAGCAAGUUCUGUUGUUUUCAAGCAAAUGUAUGUACAGUUAGUCAUUCAACUUAAGCUAACUGGAUAAGGCUGAAAAUAAAUUAAGCUGGCAAGAUUUUUGUAUGAACAAUUGCAUACCAAUAUUUAGAACCUUGUUUAAAUUUACUUUAAAUGUCAGCAUAGUGUUGAAAAAUAUUUCAUAGCAAGUCCAACUAAAUCUUCCAAAAGCAGUAUACUAGAAAAAUGCUUGUACUGAGCCUUCAGCUUCUGAAAGUUGUGGCAAUUGUUUAAGCAUCAAAAUUUUGAUUUUUAUUUUCUAGAUUCUACCAAAACUAUAACAUAGGAGUAAUAAACACAUAUUUUUAAAAGUUCCAAAAAAAGGCAAGAGGUAAAAGAAGAAAGAAAAGAACAAACAAACUGUGAUGGAGUAACAUAGUGACUGUGUUUGGGCACAGUAAAUUGAAUUUCUGGGGAAUUCUGGCUAAUUGUUUAUAAAUAGUGCCUUUCAUACGCUGUCUGAUAAUUUCCUCUUGACUUUUUGUGCAAGCAGGAGUAGCUAAACAAGUCACAAACAUGUCACCUAUGGUUUCUUUUUGGUGAUGUCUGAACAACAAGUCAGUUCUGUCUCUUCUCCGAUAAGACCAAGUCACAAGCCAAGGUUUGUUUAGUUACUCUCACUUGAAGGGGGAGCCAAGUGGAAGCAGCAACACUCUUAAAUUCUGAUAAGCCAGGUUUCCCCCACAAUUCUAGCUUACUGUGAUGUGCAGACUGGGUCAUUUGCUUCUACACUAGAGCCUUUUAGUGCUGUUGAAGCUUGACUUUUCUGCAGUUAGCUGGAAAUAGGGUUGAGUGCUGUGUGGAACCUGAGUUAAGAGUUAGGUGUGAGGAAGCACAGUUUUGUGCCUCAUUUCACCAUCAAGGGAGAAAGGAGGGUGACAUUAGGGGUGGUGCCAUAGCACCUGAUAUUACCUGGCCCAUGGUGGGCCUGGUGGGGGCAACGCAGUCCCACACCCCAAAAUGGUUCUCUAGUCUUUGAAUAGCUAAUACUAUGCUCAGUGGGCCACUGGUCUGUCUCUGCUUAAGGCAGCAUCCUGUAUUCCUAUAUAAUUAGUAGAACCCUUCCUCGUGGCCAACAUUCUUUCAUAAUGUCUACUUGCAAGAAAGUUUUAUUCAUCAAAUGUUCUUUCUAAUGCUAAUCGAAAGCUUCUUGUUUGCAAAUUCAGCAUGUUUUGUGGCUUCCCCUGGUCAGCAUGACUGGAGGAUUAGUGAUUUAUUGUCCCUUAUAUAGUCUGCUCUUGUACAGGAGUUGUGGGAGGGAGUGACAACCCAAAGGCCUAGCAUUAAUCUAUUUCCAGGAAGAAUCCUAGAAAUGAGAAUGCUCUCUGAACAGUCCCUCAGAUCAACAUGGACUAUGUCAUUGGUGGCAGUGGUGUACUUCAACAGAUGCACCUAACCAAAAUGAAAAAUUGGGAUCCUAUCAGCCCUGUGAUGUUCUUUUAAAACCUUGGUUGGGGUGGGGAGCAAGGGGAACAGGACAGGAAACAAUAGGUCUAUGCAGAAAUACAUUCAGGGAGCUCCUGAAUCAUCAGUCAGUCAGUCAGUCAGUCAGUCACUGGAUGACAGAAAAGAUCCCUGAAAAAUCCUGUAGCUGGACUGGUAGAUGCAUGACUGAUAAUCGUAUAGCUGAAUAGAAAAAUAUGGUGUUUUUCUUUCUACCAUUUUCCUUCAGGAUGGAUUAAUAGUAGGCCUUUGGCUUCUACUGUCUCCCCUCAUUCCUGUACAGAAGUAGAUUGAUGGAGAUUCUGUCUGGAAACUUCAGUUGGCACAAAUUCAGUCAUCAGAAUGCUUAUGAGGGCUGGGCACACGUUGAGUAAAUUACACAGUUUUGUCUCAGUUGCUUUGAUUAUUAGUUUCUGGAUUCAUUUUAGAAUGCCAGCAAUGGCAAUUGAAGUCCUAAAUGCUUUGAGAUCAGUUUAUCUGACCUGUCACCAGCCUGGCUGGUGGGUACCAGAGACGGGGCUUUUCAGUUAAUGGGCCUUCUUCAGUAAAUCUGCUUUGCCCAUUCUCUCGUGGCUUUUAAGUAGAACCUGCAUGCUUCUUUAAAAAUUUCUUAGGAUUUAAAUUGAUUUUAUUGCUGAUACCCUGCAACUGAUUUUACCUGGUGCUGUUUUGUUGUUUUUGUUGUUGUUGGUGUUUGGUUGUUUGAGGUUUUCCUCUUUUUUACAGUUUUAUUGUAAGCAAUGUUACAAUACAAAGGUAAGGUAUAAAUAACAGUAGUGAGUAAUACUGUCCUCCUUAUGGAUUCUUCCUGGGGAGUAGAUCUUGGGCUUGUCAGCUUGUGCCCACCCCCGUUCUUCUGCAUAUCUGUCUCCCCAGGUCUCCUUAGGGACAUCAGCCCCACACUUUGAGAAAGGUGAGCCUACACAAGAGCUGUGGAAGACCAUGAAACCGUUAAUGUGUGGCAUUCAGUUUGAUUGAAAUAUAGCUUGAAAUGGAAAUGUUGCUCACCAGCUGACCCAGCAGCAGCUUUACUAUUUACCUGGGCAGUUGGUUUCAGUUAACGCCAAAAGACUGUGCAUCUCUGAGGCGUUUGGCUUUGUUUAUUGGUGUCCUCGGUGUUGUUGCGUUUAGCAGACCUCCUGUGACUUACUUAUGUUUAACUGUAUAACAGAUUAAACACUUCCCUUUACUAACAUCUUGCCUAGGAUGAAAUAAACAUCCUAGUUAAUCCAAAGCUCAUAAUGUUCAUAUAUGAGGCUUAAUCUCCUUUGACUUAAUAGUCAUCUUGUAUUAUAUCUGUUGAGCAUCUGUGGGGAAGAAAGACAUUUGUAAUGUGAAAGAGCAUUCUGGCCAAAGUAGAUUUGCAUUCACAUUAAAAAGACAGUUGAAACAACCUGUUGUUUAAACUGCAUCUGAAACUGCCCAUUAUAUAACUGUAGAAUAUAGUAUGAGUCUCAGCUUAUUGGGCAUGAUUCUAUGAAGCAGUGGCUUCAUUCCAAUGAGAAUAACUUACUACCAUAAAAGUAAGAUCUUAAAUAUGGUAUUAAAAGCUGACUGAAUAUUAUUAACUCUUUUUUUGUCUAAAUAUUCUUAAUGAAGUUUAGUAUGCAUUUCUGUCCACGGCAAUACCUGUUCUUGAUAUUCAAGCAUAUAUUUGUCGUAUUGCUUUUUUUUCUUCCAUUUUUGUUCUUGGCAUCAUUAGUGCUUUAUUGGAAAUGUAAAUGCUUUAAAACAUUGUUUUAGCAUGUGUUAUAUUUUCCCUCAGUUUAAGUGGUUUGUUAUGUGUUCCAUUUUUCAUUUGCUUUGUAUGUUAUUUAUGUAUCUUCUGCACACAACACUCUUGUACUAUAAUAAAUUUUAUUUUAAGCUGAA